UAUUAUUAUUAUUAUUUUUGUCUAAAAUAAUUUUUAAAUACCACUAGAAAUAAUGGAGCUGGAGGGGAAAGGGGGAGACUAGCUCCAAAGAGAAUGCUUCUGUCAGCACUGUUUCUGAGAGCCUCCUCAAUUCUCACUGCACUCCUGUGCACACCAGUGUGUCUCUGCCUGCUUCUCUGGGAUUCAUGUUUCUCCACUAGCCUUCCUGUGUUACCUCAGACUUCUGGACUAGUCAUCUGCUUUCCUGUAAUUUCUAGUAUUUACGUUAGUAGUGUUGCAUUGUAUCCUUGGACCUUUGAGUACUGUUCCUUGAAUGAUGCUGAGUGGAUGAGGGCAUUGGGACAUAAGGGAACCAUCACCACAGGUUGGAAAACCAGGAGGAAGCAGAGCAGUCCAAAAUGAGAGGACCUGUCACUUGCCCUUCCUCAGCCCCCAGCUCCAGUCCAGGCUGCAUGGGUCAGUGUAGGGGAUCUUCUAUCAAGGAGGAACGGUUGUCAACCGAAGGCGACUCAAGGAGCUGGCACCUUUGCAUAAGUGGCCUCUGUGGGCUCCCCCAGAUGGUCAGGGUAUGAAUAGAGACCAAGGGCGCUGAGCAGUAAGGAGUUCCAAGGAGUGUCGGUGAGUUCCUGAUGCUCAAAACCUGAUGUAGCUGGUGGAGAAGGUGAUACAGCUCAGCAGACAGAAUGGUUCACAGCUGGCACUGGGUUGUACUUAAAUGUAAUAUAUUUGUUUGGGGGAAAGAUGGAUGUGAGGAGGAGAAAUUGGCUGGCUUUUGGAAACAUCCUGUCCUAUGUGCUUUUUGCCCAAAGGGAUUUAUUGUCAGUACCUCUGAUAAAUCCUUGUUAUGAACGCUGAGCUGCCAAAUACUCUCACUUUCCCCCUCCUCCUGUUUAGGGUUAGGGAAAACAUCAAGAAUGAAAGUGGGCAGUAUUUCAUUUGGUUAACCAUUUCCACCACGAUCAGUUCCAGUGGAUUUUGUGGUGGAAACUGCAUGCGUUCAGUAAACUAAAACAGAAAAGUUACUAGCCAGGAAACCCUGGUUUUGGGUGUAUCAUUCCCUAUCUGUGUAUGUGUGUGUGUGUGUGUGUGUGUGUUGAUUAAUAAUGUAGUAUCAUGAACUACUUAGUUAUACAUAUUGUAGCAAGUAACCCAUGUUUCCAUUACCCAGUGCAAUAACCGAAACCUUUCCAAUAUUGUGGAAGCCCCCAGCAAGCCCCCUUGGUUAACCAUGCAAUUUUCAGGCAGGUCACCCUUCUAUUCUUGAGGUGUGGUGUUAGAGCCUACAGCAGGAAGGUGAUGGCUGCUCUGCCAACUUACAGGGCUGUUGUGAGAAUCACCUGAGUAACAUCUGUGAGGGUACUUGGGAAAUCUCAAGAUGCUGGGUAGAAGUCAGGAUGGAUUCUGCCCAAGAGUUGGUUUAGUCACGUCUGGUGCCAGCCUGUGUAGACAUGGCUUGAUUGUUCACUCAGCAGUAAAGGAGUGGAAUUCUGUUUUCUCUCUUUUUCCAAAGAGAAUUCUUAAUGAAAAAAUGUCAGUGAAUCACAUUCGUUAUAGUCUCUCGGUAUAUAUUAAUUCAGUAAGUAUUUUCUGAGCACCUACUAUGUGUGAAGCAACUAUUCCAGGCAGUGAGGAUAUAGCAGUGAACCAAAUAGGCAAGAUUCACAACCUGAAACAAAUAGAAAACUAUCUUUUUUGUUGUUUUAAUGGCCUCACCCACGGCAUCUGGAAAUUCCCAGGCCAGGGAUUGAAUCUGAGCCACAGCUGCAGCAAUGCCAGAUCCUUUAACUGACUGAGCUGGGCCAGGUAUCAAACCCAUGCCUCCUCAGCAAUCUGAGUCACUGCAGAUUCUUAACCCAUUGCACCACAGCGGGAACACCAGAAAAUCAUCUUUAUCUUCUAGUUUCCGUCAGGUCUGUCCUUGAAUGCUUAGACUUGUCCCAUUCUCAUCUACAUUUGAAUCCAGAUUAAAAAUAAGAAUUGUUCAUAAGGCAGCAUUUGAAUUGAGAUUAGACAGAUGUCUAUUAAAGGUUUAAGGUAGUUCUUUUUCUUCAAAUUCGCAGUCUGUUAAGGAGGGUUUUUUGGCGCCAGAUAAUGCUGGCAUUUGAGGUGGAAUUUUUUGCCUUUAUUUUAGCUGGUUUGAUCUGAGACAGUGUCCUUCUACCCUGCAAAGUUUUAAACUUUUAUCCCUUCCUUUGAUUUGUGUCAGGGUGAGCCGUUUGAUGUAAAAGACUUGACUCCAUAAUCUGCAUCUGCCCUAAUGCUGUCAUCCGGAGUAGAGACUCAGCCCAUCCCGCUUGAUUCCUCCAUGUCUGCCGUGGUACAGGAAUUAUACUCUGAACUCCCAGUAAGUGUCUCCAAAGAGCUUCAUGCUGACCCUGAGCCGAGUGUGAUUCCAGAUGUAAAACUCGGAGCCUGCAGCUCUCAUGUAAGUCAGAGUAGGGCAGCGCCCUUGGAAUUGCAGAGGACCCCCACGGAACAUUGUUGUGAAGAACCCCCUGUGACCUUGGACCACAGGGGUGAGCCUGGGCGGUGUGGGCUGGUGGACUCCAGAGCAGAAGGUUCUGUGGCCUCUGGGAUCUUGGAUAGGGAAGAGAAAGCCAAGAGCCUGGAGCUAAAGGUCUUCAGAGAUGGAGGGGACCAGGCGGAGAUUGUCAGAGACCCCUGUGAGGGAGCAGAGGAAGACCCACAUCAGUGUCCCACAGCUGCCGAAGAAAAGCCCAGCCCCAGCCAGGAGGACCUCCUGAUGCAGGCGAGCCAAGAACUUUUAUGCACGGACCUCCCUGAAGGUUGUCUGAGGAGCAAAGAAGGAAAUGUACAAAUUUCAACUGGCACUCUGCUGAAAUCCACGGAAGAAGUUCAAGGUAUGAAGGUCAGUGGGCCUAAGAUGAAUAAUAGUGAAGGACACAACAACAGCCAUGUGAGUAAAGGUCUCUCGGAUGGGUGCAGCAGCUGCCCUGAAGCAGACAAAAUCAUGACCAGUGCUGAGAUUUCUUUAGAACCUUUAAACUUUGUGGACCCUGGAUUAAUGGAAGCAACUCCUACAGAAAAAGAAUGUGAAGAAUUAAAAACCUGUCCUUCUUGGUUGCCAUUAUUACCAGGAAAUAUUGCCAUUUCCACAGUGGACCAUGGGAAGGAAGAGUUGUGUAGAUUAAAUCUUGUCUGUGAAGCAGAUGACAAUCACCAACAGAAUCUUGGCCACCAUAACGAGAGAUACAGUUCUGUCCAUGGCAGUCCCAAAACCACGAAAAGUGUGGUUAUUUUAGAACCCUUAGAAGAAAAUCCCGAAGUUUCACAUUUCACGUCAAGUUUGUCUGGUCCAGAAUCCAGAACAGAAUCUUCAGACAAGUGUGAUUUAGAAGGCGACAGCUUGCCAAAGGGAUCUGCUGAAAAGACAGACAAGUCCUGUUUUAAUGGGGAUGAUCAAAGCAAGAAUGUGGCUUCUAGAGAAGAAAAUGAACAGCCUUUGAGCCCCAGGAGUGAAAGAGAGGAACUCUUUCUUGUUAAUGCCAAGCAACUGGAAGAGGAUGCUAGCAGUCACUGUUUAGGAAAAAAAGAGACUGUUAACUUCCCCAAAGGCAAUAUCCAUGAUAACUGCUGCCCUUUAGGCAGUGUCCAUAAAGACUCCUCUAAUUCUUUAAUGCCUAAUUCUUUCACUGAGGCCACAGAAGUAAUGUCUAAAAAAAAUGAUCUUAAAAUGACUUUAGACAUUCACGGUAGCUUGGCAAACCAAGAGGACCAAGGAGGAACUUUUAGUAACAUGAGCCAUCCAGGCACAGGCCCUGAAGAGAGCCAUUCUUCCUCUUUGAUACAGAUCGAAGAGCCAGAACACACAGCCACUGCAGAGCCCCAUGUGUUAAGAGAAAAAAUUUAUAGUAAAGACUGUCACUCCAUCAGCACCCAGAGAAACCUGGAAGGCAGCACCCAGUCAAACGAAGCAUCCCAUAAUGGAUUUCAGAUUGAAAGAAAAUCCCCUAUGAGUCUAACACCAGAGGACCAGAUGAGUUCUACAAAUGAGGUGUCAAAACCUGAGAAAGACAUUGCUCUAUCACCGCCAUCCCUAGAAUGUGAUAACAGAUCUGAGUCAGAAAUGGCUCUACGGAACUCCCAGGAUGAUAGUUCACAAUUAGAUAAACAGAGCACUGCCUGGGAGGUGAAUGAACUUCUUUGUACCAAAAUGGGAAGUGAAUGUCUUUUAAAUCAAGUGUUCCUUAAUUCUCCAAACCACACGAAGUUGCCAACUGACAAAGAGAUGCCUGUAGCAGUGAGCAAGGGCUGCCAACAGAGUCAGCGUGCUCCAUUAGAGGAUUGCGCAGAUGUCACUGCUGGUACCCAGACCAUUCCUGGGAAGACAAAAAUGAAAGACAUCUCUCCACCAGGUGACCAAACCUGUGGUACCUCUUCAAACAAUUCCACCUUAAAUGGCAUACCAGGAAGCCUGGAAAGAAAAAGCAAAACAGCUGAUUCCAGAGCUACAAAUCUAUCUUCCAGACUGCUCUCAAAUGAGAAUGAAGCAGUAGGCUUGCCUCAAGAGGGAUCUGCUGUGGAAUGUCAAAGUGCUCAAUCUCAGGCUCUCUCUAGUUGCCUUUGUGUAAGAAAGCACGUCCCUGAUGAGAUGUGUUCUGCCUAUGUCCUGGAGUCCAGCACAGCCCUGGUGGGAGUUGAGAACUUGCUAACAACCAUGUAUGAAAAUGUAUUUCAGUAUAGUGACCACCACCCCCAAGGGAAAGAAGGCUCUGUACCCCAUAAAGUGAGCUGUACCUUGUUGGAAGGUGAACCGGAUGGGGGAGGAACCAAAGGCAGCCUUCCAGGAAGUAAGACCAGAAAUGAAAUGACUGCAGGCAUGUUAAAUAGCGAAGCUUCAAACAAAACCAUCCCCACCAUCCAGCCCAGUGAGAAAGGGCUAGAAGAAAAAGAACAGGAUAUACCCAAAGAGGCUAUGUUUUGUAAACAUAACAUUUCUGACUGGGCCAUACAAGAACCAAACCAACCUUCCAACAUUCCAAGUCCUGAAAAAUUGUUGGACCAGUUUCCUACUCUUAGGUUCUCCAAUGUUAAAAUCAUGAACCCAACAGCUGACACUCUUGAGCAGAAGGCAGAUGGAGCCCUCGACUGCCAGGGCAAUCCACACAGACCAGAUGAAUGCAGAGGUGAGGACAGCCCAGCUAGGGAAACCCUAGGUCGUGACCAGAGAGAGACGGUCACAGAGCCUACCAGAGAGGGGAGCCACCCCCAGAAGGAUCUUCCAGUCAGUCCCGGCAGUAAUAGCUGCGUGUCUGGUGGAAUCGCAAAGAAGGGGGCCUUAAAAAGGAUUCCUGGUUGUGAGGCAUCCACAGAUGGUAUGGUGGACGUGUUCCCCCCAGUCUGUAGUAACAAGCCCCCAGAAGGCAUUCUGGAUGCCACAGCUUCUAGCACACUUACUGGUGGCGCCAGGCGAGAUGGACCGAUGUCAUGUGAGCCUUCAAGGAGCCCAUUGCCCCAGACAGGAGAGCUGACCACCAUGGUUAUGGAAAUGAUCAACCAGGAUUCAGAUCACCAGGAGGCCACUUCCUCUACAGCAGAAUCUUUCAAUGCUGAAAAAUCAUGUGAAGAGAAAGUAUGCAGAUCAUUAAAAGAUUGUGAUCUAGAAGUAUGUCCAGACUCUUGUGACCAUGAGGUGGAGUCUGUUGCGGAUCAUGAACCAAAUGUAAGGAUGUUGAGGGGAGUAAAUGUGUCUUUAAAUUAUACUCUUGGUGAACAGCAAGUUAAAGAAGCAUCUCUGACAGAAACACAAGGAAUGAUCGAAGGAUCAAGACUAGAAAUAAAUGCUGAGUGUGGCAAGGAAAAUACCACUGGACUUUGCUCAGAAGAGCUGUUACCUUCUCAUUGUCCAGAUGAGAACUCUGUUCCCCUGGGAAGCCUGAAAUUCACCAAGAUAAUAAUGCCUUUGCAUCUGUCGUCAUUUCAAGAAAAACAAACUUUUAUGCAUGGUGAAGAAACUGACUCGAAAAACCUUUUUAAACCAAAAGAUGGUGAGAUGCUUUGUGAAAAGGUCAAGGAUUACACAGUCCUGCAUGAGAUGAAGGAAGGGGCACCUGGGGACAGGAGUAAUCCGGGCAACCCAGCCAUCAGUGUGAAAGGUCUGCCUUUGACAGUGGCAACAGAAGUGGAAGUGAAAGGAGAGGACACUGGACACCAGAGGGGACCAUGGGGUCACUUACCUGUGGAGGAGGAGUCAGUUAUCAGACAGAGUGGUCAUGGGGAAGAUGGGCGUGAGGUUUCUCAGCCCCACCUCACGUCCCUGGGAAUGCCAGGGGAUACCCAGGAACAGCAAAGCCAGGAGGCUCUGGACUACAGGGAAGAGGAGCAGAUGCAUCAGGAAAAAGCACACCCCACAUUGGAAUUGUGCACGGCAGCUAACGCAUUGUCACAUGAGGUGCCAAGGAAGAGCCAACCCGAGGGCUGUGGAGAUGAGCCCUCCACCCUGAGAGAAGUAGCCCUGGCAGAGCCAGCCACAGGCAAUACCACUGCCAGGCUUUGGAAGUCCAGAGACCUGAUGGAGGAAAGCUUGUGUCACCCAUUCAAAAAGGAUGUGGAGUCGUGCACAGGUCCUUGCCUCCGUGGUGUCCCCCUGAAAGCACAUGACCCCACCUCUGCUGGGUGCCAGGGACUGCAAGGUGCCUUUGGGGAUACUUCACGUCGGAAGGGAGCACUGCUGGUGAAGAAGCAGCCCCACCGGACAUGCAAGAAAAUUUCCUAUCGGGAGCAAGUCAGUGUGGGGAGGAAAAUAAGUAAAAUCAGAAGUUCUGCCUUUUUAAAGAGCUCCUCUGAAACGAUCUCCACAAAAGCACACAGAUCUCUCAGUUCCUGCACAACACCUGUGCCCACGCCACCCGGACCUGAAACAGCCCCAGCCAGGAGCCUCGUUAGCCCCAUACCAAAGCCGAUGGCCCUUCCGGACCAGUCCCCGGGGGCCCUGAAUGUCAGGAAGCCAACCAAAGAAUCAGCCUUACUCAGCAAGCUCUCUGUCCUUGCCUCCAGGCUGGCCCUGGCCACGGGGACCCAGAAGCCCAGGUCGCGGUGGUGUUCCUCGGACCUUCUCCCAGUGGCCAAAAGCUACAAGCGGCUCAGAUAUAAAAGGCUCCUGGAUGGGUUUUCCCACAGCACCACACAGCUGAGUCCAUGCUUGGCAGUUAGUGGUUGGGACAAGAGGCCUAACAGUACACCCUUGACACUUUACUCGCUGGAAGCCAUCAAAAUGAGCUUCACUGAUUUGAGCGACAAGAUGCCAACGCUGCUGUUUGGUUCCGAAAUCUUCCCAGUGUCCUUUCACGUGAAGCCAGGCUCCCAGCAUGGGACGGAGCCCCCAAGGGCUUUUCCUGAGCACUGUGCACCUGCCAGGCUCACCUUAGGAGAGGCCCCCAGGUGCCCACCUCAACCCCCCAAGUGGACCUUUUCUUUCUUCCUGGCCCACGGAUGCCCCGGGGUGGCCACGUUCAAGGAAGAUACCGGGCUGCACAGCCAGGCAGGCGCCCAGCCUCCAGCUCCUCUCCAAGACCACAGAGCCACUGCCAUCGUCCAGACCAGAGCAGGCUGCUCUAUCCUUGGCCUUCACACACUCCUAGCACUUUGUUCCCCUGGAUGUUAUCGGAUCUGGACCAAAAAACGUAGCUGCUCCAGCCACAUGCCCACCAUGCAGAGGCUCUUCAUGACCCAGUUUACCCAGGGCUUGAAGGGGCUGCGGUCUCCAGCCUCCAUAGCAGACAAGGUCUUCUGUUCUCUGCCCUACUCGGUGGGCCGAGUGCUGUCCCUGUGGAGCCAGCAUGGGCCUUCUGCCUACCCCUUGGAGGUCUCUGUGCUUCAUCCCACUCACAGCAAGCUGCAGCCCUCUCUGGGCACCACAAGCAGCCACACCAUGUUACCGUACGUGCCUCUUCCGGGCCUGGAAGCUGCUUACAGCACCGGCAGCAGUCACAUGAGGCUAGAGCCUCCAUUCCCUGCCUUGGUACCAAAGUCUUGCUUGGUAACAGACCCAGCUGUCAGCCAGCUCCUGCUUUCAGCCUCCGAGUUCCCCGUUCCCGGAUUUGAUGAGCUGGAUGGUGUGACACCAUCGUGCCCCCGACCCCAGAGCAGCCCUCCAGAACAGAAAGAGGCUGAGCCAGAGAAGAGGCCAAAGAAAGUCUCACAGAUUCGCAUCCGGAAAACUAUACCCAAGCCAGACCCUAACCUUACCCCCAUGGGCCUUCCUCGACCCAAAAGGUUAAAGAAAAAGGAGUUUAGUUUAGAAGAAAUAUAUACCAACAAGAAUUAUAAAUCUCCUCCUGCAAACAGGUGUUUAGAGACCAUCUUUGAGGAACCUAAGGAACGGAAUGGAACGCUUAUCUCAAUCAGCCAACAGAAGAGGAAGCGAGUUCUGGAAUUCCAGGAUUUCACAGUCCCACGGAAGAGGCGGGCUCGUGGUAAGGUCAAGGUGGCAGGCAGCUUUACCCGGGCCCAGAAGGCGGCGCUGCAGAGUCGAGAGCUGGAUGCUCUUCUGCUGCAGAAACUAAUGGAACUGGAGACCUUCUUUGCCAAGGAAGAGGAGCAGGAGCAAUCGUCUGGUUGUUGAGAAGCUAUUCAGAUUGGGGGUUUGAUUUUAGACUUUCCAGGCCUCCUUGGAAGAGGUUGCCUAACUUUGCCCUACCGCCCAAACCACUCAAAAUGCAGUCUAUGGGUUUUUACCUAUUUCAAGGUGCAGCCUUUUUAGGAACUGGUGAAGGAAGGUCCUCUAACUUGUACUGCUGAGAAUAGAACCUCAGGAAUGCUCCCUUUCUCCUGGAAAUGGUCCUGAAUGAUGUCGGCCUCUUCCCCCCACUCUGCCAUCCACGGAGGAGGACACAACGUCCCUUCAGUAACACUAGGAUUCCAAGGACUCACAACAUUUGCACGUCCAUGUGAAAGUUCCACGUUUACAGUGGUGCUAGACCAAGAUUAUUUAGAGACGUCGUGGCCUAGGGAGUGGACCUGGCAAGCUGUCCUGCGUGGUCUCACCAGCUCAUUUCAGUGGUUGAGGAAAGAUGAGCUGUUGUGUUUUCUAAUCCUUUGAGUCUGUCCAGAAACAGGUGUGUGUGUGUGCGUGUGUGUGUGUGGCUUCUUCCCAUCAUUUCCUCCCCUCUGUGACUGGGUCACUAGUGCCAGAGGAGCCCGUCCAGGCCCCAUUCAAAGUAAGUUGCACUUUUUAAUGUUGUGGUGUUAUUUUCAUUUUUUAAUUUCCUUUUUUUUUUUAAUUGCUGCAUGUUUGGAGCCUUUAAAUGUGAUUUUAAAACAAUAUUUUUAAGACAUUAAGGAGAAAGACAAUACAUGUCUUCAGAACCCACAAUAGGCAUUUACCCCAGCAUGUCUGUGUGUGCUGUGGGAUGGCCAAGAGCCACUUUCCCAGUCCUGCCUUCAAGUGGCUCCCUCCCCACCUCUGACCCCUAGUGUGACUCAUUAGAUGGAGCCCUUUUCUCAUCUGGGUUCUCUUCCUAGCCCACUAAGUAGGUGUAUUUAUUUUAAUGAUGGAAGUAAGAGCAGGUUUCUCUCCCAGUCAUUUAAAAAGUGCAAAGGUGGGGUGUGGUCUUAAUGGGUUUUAUCUGUAGUGGUGGCCCUUGACAGAGGUGGGCAUGACAGCCCUGGUGGUGAUGGAGGUGGACCCAGAGCGUUCGCAGCUGCCAGAGCAGCCUGUUCCAGUGUGGGGGUGGGGGGACGCUGGGCCAGGGUCCAGGGUUCUGGCCCAGCAAUGUGUUCUUUUUUUUUUUUUUUGUCUUUUUGCCAUUUUUCUUGGGCCGCUCCCGCGGCAUAUGGAGGUUCCCAGGCUAGGGGUUGAAUCGGAGCUGUAGCCACCGGCCUACACCAGAGCCAUAGCAACGCGGGAUCCGAGCCGCGUCUGCAACCUACACCACAGCUCACGGCAACGCUGGAUCGUUAACCCACUGAAUAAGGGCAGGGACCAAACCCGCAACCUCAUGGUUCCUAGUCGGAUUCAUUAACCACUGCACCAUGACGGGAACUCCAGCAAUGUGUUCUUGAGACUGGAUCACAAAGUUCUUGGCCAGCCCUCUGAGGGCACCUCACUAUACCCGGGCUCCUAUGUCAGACCUGCUGGAAGUUGUGUAGAAGGCCAGACCAUUCACUGAGUUUCCCCAUUUGUGCCUGUGGGAGUCUGUGGGCAGAAAGAUGGGAAGGAUGCUGUGAGUUGGCAUGCCUGGAGCUUUCAUUCCUCCCCACUCUCAGCCUGUGUGCCCUCGCCCUGCCUGCCCUCUUCACCUUCCUGGUGUUUUAUCUUGUGCGCUGUCCCCAAAUAAGAGUGCAGAGACUUCACGUUCCUUGGCUGGUGAGUGGGAUGCGAAGCCCAGCUUUGGGACACUGGUCACCUCUCCCAUCCUCCUAGGAGCCACUGCAGCAGGCAGAGACAUUUUUGAGUCAGUCUGUCAGAGGAGUGAGCAAGUGCCGUUCUAGAGUGUCCCCUGGGUUCCUUUUGUUCCCCUGUUUGUCAGAGGGUUGGGGGAUGGGGUGGGGUGGGGGUCUCUAUGUGCCUUUCCUUUGCAGGUUGACAGUCUGCCACACCGGGGCAGAAAAGCUGACAGUGCAAGAAAAAGUGCCAUGUCUGUCUUGUAGGCCCACUGCCUCAGACACAGCAUUUAGUAAGGGAAGUCCACACCUGGUCAUCGUGGAGGCCUCUAUGGCCACAGCCACGUAGCAUUAGAGGAGAGCCACAUUUCUACACCAGCUCUAAAUGAUGCUGCCAUUGCAUCCACGCUAUUCAGACUGUAUAGAUUCGGCCUGUUUCACCUUGAUACCACUCCCUUCCUGGGACAGGGUCCUUAGACAUGAAUGGCUGGCUUUUUGCUUAUGGGAGUGGAAUGAAUUUGUGCCCUUUUACAAACAUCUCUAGGGAGCUCCUGCCUGAAGCUUGCAGACUCCCAAUGAAUCAGCAGAGCCCUGUUUGCCAGCUCCAUCGCCAGUGUAGAUGUGGCAUUAACGUGGAAAACCUUGUUAUCCUGCAGAGUAAAGUUGAGGCGGGCGCAGCUGUGGUAUCACCAACAUUUUGGCAAUGCAGUUCAGGUUUGCCCCAUUGCAGGCAUGGCAAAGGAGGGCCAGGAGUGGUGAUUUGGAACAUUGGCAUCUGGAAAGGGAAGCUUGGAGGAAGCGGAGGCCUGGGUUUCUUCCUUGUCCUGGGGAGUGUAGGAGAAAGCUCCUCUGAGGCCAGCCUUCUCCCUGUAAGUCUUCAUCUGCCUCUGGCUACAGCCCUUCCUCCAGAGUUAAGAAGGGGCCCCUGCUGCAAACUUGAAGUUGCUACAUCAGGUUCUAGUCCUGCUCAACCACACCUGUCUUAAGUCCACUUAUCACCGGCCUAGCUAGCUGUAGCGCCGUCUGUGGACCUGGAAACCGAGCUGCUGCCUACCUCGGGAGACAGCUGCUGGGCUGCCGCCUGCCUAGAGCUACAGCAAGUCUGCGUCUGGGGUGGGAGUUGGUAUAAUUUCCGAGUAUGGGAGCUUCCCACCUCAAGUGGUAGGGAGUUGUGGUUAACUGUAACUUCUUCAGUGCUUACUCUCAACUCCAGAGAUUAAGUGUUUUAACAUGGGAAAGAGAGGAGAAAUCUCAGGUCAAUCAGGGUUCUGCCUGUCGGCUUUUCACUGAAACUUUGAACCAUGGUUUUUUUCCAUCUGUCAGUUUUUAUAUUUGCCUCCUCAUCCAUUCCCACCUUCCCCUUCCUCCUUGUGUCUUUUGGUUUCCAUUUCCACUUCAUUUCUCUCUUAGUUUAAAUGUACCUCAUCAUUUGUUAAAGCAGAUUAUGUCCCCCUUUUCUUACUGACCUUACUCUAAGAGCUGCAGCUGGGGGGAGGUACAGUGGAGAGACGUGUAGCGUUUGCCUUACCUGGAGCCUGAAGAGCUCAGAAACUUAUGCUGUGAAUCCCAAAACGCAGCGCUCCUCCAAGAGCUGUGAAAAUCAUGAUACUUUGUCACAAUUUUGCCUGAGAAGGUCUUUUGCGCAGGCGUCAGAGCCAACCUGAGGUAAAUUCCAGGUCCCACCCUCUGGGCUUCCCCCUGGGGCUCAUUCCCAGCCCACUGGCCUAGAGUAACACAGUGCGUGCUGAGCUGGGCAGCUGGUCCCAGGCUGGUGUGGCCUAAUGGGGCACAGAGCCGGUGCUCCACAUCCAGGCUGGGAUCUCAUCUCACAAUCAAUACUGUGUACGUUAAGAUCCGCGAAAGACCAACUUUUAGGCCAAGGUACUUUUCUCCCAUUCCCUGGGGGGAGAGUGUGCAGUUGGUGCUUUCUUUAAUUCCCUCGUUGUGUUUUGCUUCUGUUGGCUUCGCCCCCGGGAUCAUGGAAAGGGCCUCCGAAGCACCACACUGGGGCUGGCUAUAUCCCAGGUCAAAGGAACUGGCGGAGGUGUGGAGUGUCCUCUCCCAGAUUCAAGCAAGGGGAGGGCUCCUGACCACAACUGAACUUACUAUAUAAAAAACUGGCUGGGGAGAAAGGCUUAAUUCUACUAAAAUCAAAGUUAAUACCACCAUCUUGCCACAAAUUGAGCCGCAAGGGCUAUAUAUUUUGACUAUGAAGGGAGCACCCCCGAGUAGCCCAUCUAGCACAGCGCACUCUCAGAUCAGGUGCCUGUUCAUUGUGUGUCUUCACGAGCCCCUCUCUGGUGCUGAAUUGGAUUUUACUUCUUGGUGAGAAGCCUCAGCACCUCCUUGGGCUGGUCUGGGCCAGUAAAUAGCUGCCUGAAGUGUUUAUAUUUUAUCAUGGUCAAUAGUUCAGUGAAAUGUGUACAUUUUUGGUAACAUGGGCAUACAUAAUGCCCCUGCAAUUCCUUUUCUGUUUGGUAGUUUGUGACUCUAAAAUUCCCACUGUUAUGUGUGUUAAUUUAUGAAAAUAAAAAAAAAAA